AGCCACUUCUGGCAUCUGUCUGUAUGGCAACAAGUUCCUGGAUCCCAAUGAUUUUGGAGUUGUUCGUGUGGGGCGAGCCAUUGCCACAAAAACCUGAGAAUGGAGACUGCCAGCCAAACAGGUUGAUACCUUCUCCUUGAGGAUACUCCCUGAUGAAUCCAUGAGCAGCCAGGAACAAGGAGAGCAGAGACUCUGGAGGCGGUUAUCAGUCUCCCUGUACCUCACUUGCAUUUUACAUCUGUCACUUCAGGCCACGAUCUCCGUAAUUUACAGAUCCCCAGUGACGGCAGUUAUCACCUAUGACUACCUCACCUCCCUUCGGAGUGUCCCAUACGGAUCAGAGGAGUAUGACUUCCUCAAAUCACAGGUGCACCUGCGCUCUGCUGAGCGCCUCCGGAAGCUGUGCUGUGCCAACCGAGGCACCUUCAUCAAGGUGGGACAGCACCUGGGAGCGCUUGACUACCUGCUGCCUGAGGAGUACACCCGCACCCUCAAAGUGCUGCACAGCCAGGCCCCACAGAGCACCAGGCAGGAGAUUGAGCAAGUCAUCCGUGAGGAUCUGGGCAAAGAGAUAAAAGAGAUCUUCGUGAGCUUUGAGGACACUCCCAUGGGAGCAGCAUCACUAGCCCAGGUGCACAAGGCAGUGCUCCAGGAUGGAAGAACAGUGGCAGUGAAAAUUCAGCACCCAAAGGUUCAAGCUCAGAGCUCCAAGGAUAUUUUGCUCAUGGAGGUUCUUGUCUUGGUUGUGAAGCAGAUCUUUCCAGAUUUUGAGUUCAUGUGGCUGGUGGAAGAAGCUAAGAAGAAUCUGCCCUUGGAGCUGGAUUUCCUCAAUGAAGGCAGAAAUGCUGAGAAGGUUGCUCAUAUGCUCAAGAACUUUGACUUCCUGAAGGUCCCCAGGAUCUACUGGGAGCUCUCAACAAGGCGUGUCCUUCUCAUGGAGUUUAUGGAAGGGGGACAGGUGAACGACAGGGCCUACAUGGCGAGGAAUGGCAUCAAUGUCAAUGAGAUCUCUCGCAACCUGGGGAAGCUCUACAGUGAAAUGAUCUUUGUGAACGGCUUUGUGCACUGUGACCCACACCCAGGCAACGUGCUUGUGAAGAAAUGCCCAGCCUCUGGCAAGGCCCACAUUAUCCUCCUGGACCAUGGGCUCUACCAGGUGCUGAGCGAGUCAUUCCGCAUGGACUACUGCCGCCUUUGGCAGGCCCUCAUCAAGGCUGAUAUGAAGAAGGUGCAGAAGUACAGCCGGCGGCUUGGAGCAGGGGAUUUGUACCCUCUCUUUGCCUGCAUGCUGACCGCCAGGUCCUGGGAGUCUGUCAACAGGGGCAUCGACCGGUCGCCAAUCUCAGCCAGCGAGGAUGUGGAGAUCCGGUCCAAUGCUGCUGCUUACCUACCCCAGAUCACCCAACUCCUCAACAACGUCCCCCGUGAGAUGCUGCUGCUGCUGAAGACCAAUGACUUGCUAAGAGGGAUUGAGUCAGCCCUGCAUACACGGGCCAGUGCCAGCUCCUUCCUCAACAUGUCUCGCUGCUGCAUCAGAGCUGUUUCCACGUACCAGAGGAGCAAGAGCCACUCAUUUUACAGGAGGGCCCAGAUCUCACUCACAGAAGCCCUGAGCCUGUGGCAGAUCAACUUGUAUGAACUCUUCCUGUGGCUGAAAGGGUCCCAGCUGGGGAACUGGGUCAUUGCUCUCCUGAGCCGGGUGCACCAUUCCACGUACUGACAUGAACUGGUGGGAGAGGCCCAGGUGCUUCCCCCCUCCUUUCUGAUCUCUACAGCACAUUUGCCUUUCUGACUGUUUCUGUCUAUUCUGUGGGCUAUUUUUGGGUCUUGUUCCACGUUACAUGCUGCACUGUCCUUGCCUAUUACAGCAUUAGCUUUCUCUGUGGCGCUGAGAGGUGGAUUCGGUACCAGAGCUCUGCUGUUUCAUGGUUUAGGAAAAGGAGGCGUGGGAUACCGUGUGCCAGGAAGGGCAGGGUACUUUCUUUCCCUGUCUGAGCAGGGGGAAUUCCACUCAGAUUCCAGUGGGACUGCACUGGAAGCAAAAGCCUCUUCUUGGCUCUUUCUUAAACAAUCUUACAGAAUUUAAAAGAAUUCUAACCCUGUCUAAAACACCCCAAAACACUUCUCAGACCCUCAGAGAGAGGUGGUAUGUCCCUUUAAAUCCAGCAGAGUUUAUGUUAGUUUUUGCAGUCUCUUUAGUCUGAUUUCUCUUCAGGUGUGAAAAGAUUUUCUCAGAGGAAUGAGACCUUGUGGAGAGCUGGCAGUAGGGCUUCCUCUCCCAGCCCCCACUUCCUCUCCCAGGGAAAGGGGACCCUAAUGGUGAGAGUGGUGGACUGUGAGUCCAGCUUUCUGAGGUUUGUCUCCAGUCCUGUCAGCAAGUGCCUCUGUGUUUUUGGAUUUUUCCUGGCCUGUUUCCUUGCAAGUGAAAUGGGGGAAAGGGACAGUGGUCCUGCCUCUUUUCUGAAAUUCAGGGAAGGCAGGAGGAAUGACAGCUCAGGGCUCUGAAACUGCUGGUAAUGUAUGUGUACUGUAUGUAUGUGUACUGUACAGUACUGCCACACAGCAAAAUAAAUGUGUUGUAUCAAAGACCUUUGGGAGAGGGAUGCUUGGCUGUGCGCUCAGCGUGACAUUUGGGCCUCUAACCUCAGUCCUGUUUCCAUUUCUCCAUCGAGUGAGUGA